AAGGAUACGCCGUCCAGUUAUUUGUUGUGCUCCGUUGUUCCUGGCAACCCGAACCUCCGAGCCGAGUCUCGCAGGACCUGUGUGCCGUGUGCGGCGAAUUUGAAUGCUAGUUGCUAGCGGCUUUCGAAUCUAGAGUGCCAGGCGCGACAGGGACGGCAGCACUAGCACCUGUCCAGAUCUAGACAAAUUUUUAUAUACACUCUCUCCUAUAUUAUCCGGCCGGUAGGCGGCAGAGCAGCGCGGCCAGCGACGACGCCGACGUCGGCUCACCUUACAUAGCCGCAAAUUCAAAUUUGAACUUCAGUCAAGUGUCAAAGCUCAAAGGAUUAGCAUGUCCUUGCGGGCUGGAGGAUGUGUGAAGCGGCAGUGAAGCAUAGAAACCACCAGCCUUAGAUCAAGCCAAAAACUGAGCAAAGAAAAACCAAAGGAUCUAACAGAAAAAGUGAAAAAUUGCAGUGGAGUUUCAGAGAAAAGGAAAAGGAGACAAACGUUGCCAAUUAGCGAGAGAGGUUUUUACCUCCAAUACGGCAUUAGGAAUAUGGCGCCGCAGCAGCAAAACUCGACAUUUAUCGAUGAUAAUCUGGACAGCUGUCCAUCGCUAUUGAAUCUACCCGAGAGUCCCAUUCUGCCCACCCGUCGUCGUUGUCAAAAUCAAGACUUCAAUAGCAACAACAACAACAAUAAUCAGAAUAAUAAUAAUAAUAAUAAUGAUAAUAAUAAGAGGACUGCAUUCGUGGAGCCAGCGCCUAAUCCCGUGGCAUGCAAAAAUAAACACGGCAGGGAAAACGGAAACGUUGGCCAGGCCAGUCGUCGCCAUCGCUCCAUUUCCCUCUACGGCGUUAAUAGCACUGUGGAACAGGGUCACAAGGAAAUCCCCAUUUGGAUGGACGAUGGCGAGCCGCGUUACGUAUCGGGAGUGACGAACAAAACGACUUGCGAUGACAUAAUCAAGGCCCUGAUUGAUGACGAACUGAACAAUGGAAAGGACGAGGAGGACGGCGGGAAUUACUGCGGCAACAAGCCAAAAGAUGGCGGCCAGAGGAAUACGAAUACGGCGGUAGCAGCAUCGCGUGACUACGGCGAUUACAUUAUAACGGAAAGUUGGGGCGGCGUUGAGCGGAGCUACGAUGGCAACAUGGCCAUUUUGCCCGUUUGGCGCGCUUGGAGCCGUGUACACAAUGAGCUCCGCAUAUCCCUCAAGCACCGCGAUAACUUCAGAGAUCCAAGGGCAAUGCAAUUAGUGCCUCAUUCCCAGCACUCAAGUUUCUCAAUGAUCAAAUGGCUGAAGAAGCUGCUUCACAUCAAGAAAAGCAAAAAGAAUAUGCCAAAACACCCCAAAACGCCCCCAAAAGUACCCAAUAAAUUGAAGGAGAAGCAGCCAGCGGUGUCCAAUGAGCUCGUUCUGGUUAUAAUGCCAGAUCAGCUCUAUAAGGGCACUGAAAAUGCAGCCAAGGCCAAGCUUUAUAAGCUGGCCGAAAAUCGUGUGUCCAAGCAGCGACAUCGAAGGCGCAGUCGUCACGAGCCAACCAAGGUAUCUGUGGAAACCUUUCUAACGGCCGUUCCCGGCGAGAGCAACAAUAACAAUUAUAAUAUUAAUAAUAAUUGCAUCAGGAGGCGCAAGGAUAAGCCGUUGCGCAACAGUGUUCGCAAUAAGUUGGCCUCCCUGCACGCCGAUAUGAACGUUCGCUAUGAACAGGAGUACGCACUCACCCGUCAGUUGUCCGAAAAGUGCCGAUUAUACCGAUUGCAAAACGAACGGUACAAGGGGCCGGAAAUGGAGGUAUCGGUGGGGCAGCUCCAGCAAAAUAUCGAAGCCUAUGCCGAGGACAUUAUCAAAACGGAACACGAACUGCUGGAACUGAAAAAUGAAAUCCGACACGAUAUAUCACUGAUCAAUAAUUUGAAACGUCUGACCUUGGAGGAACCUGAGGCCGACAAGGUGGAAAAGCCAAAAUUACCACAACCAUCCCAAGAAAUUACACCUCAAGUUGCUAAAAACACGCAGGAAAUGCAGUUUGUUGAUAAUAUUUACGAGUUUUGCGAUAACAAUGCCAGUAUGUUGGUUUAGUUGUCCACUAUAGUUGUAAUCUGUUAAGUUUUGUAAU